AUGAGAUCUUUGUGGUGGAUGUAUUCUCUGGCACACUUUGUGUCUUUUGUCAAUGUUGGGUACGGGUUCGUCGACUGUAUCGGUCAGUGGUGCGAUACAUGUCUUCCUGCGAAGGUUCACGAUGCGCCUGGGGUUGGCUUCGAUCUGACCCCCUCAUACGGGACAGCCGUGGUGCACUACUAUAAUGGAACUGUUGUCGAGGUUUCCAAGGUUCUUGGGAAUCCGGAGUACCUCGAACUCAUGGCACGUCUAACUAUCAUAUCGAAGCCAUCUCCGGAUUCAACCCUCGAUUUUAUAAGUGAACGUCCAUCACGCUUAGUGGGAUAUCUCCUCCCGGACGUGUCGUCGCCGUGGAGAGACUGGUGGCAUCGGCUGAACAAGAAACUCGGUCGACCAGUAAAAGCAGAUGACGUCGAAAUCAUUAGCGAUUUACUCCACGAACUGAAAGUCUCCACCGAAAAGAAAAUAUCCCAGCCUCUCGACAGGGUUGCCGUUACAGAUCCCGGCUUCCAGUCGCUUAACACAGCGACAAUCAACGCUGCACUUCGGAUGUUAGAUCUACGCUCAUGGAUUGGACGCGACAGCAUUUAUUACACACAGCGGCUAGUGGAAGCAGAUGCUGUUUAUGGGGCGAACGGUUAUGGACUAUGCACCAAUUACCUGGAUCGCUCCGAUUGCAUAAACGAAUUUGAAGAGUCACCUGAUAAUAACAUGUUUCUUGUUUCCUUUAACCGCAAUCUCUUAUAUGCGAGCAUUGUGGAAGGUACAGCUAGUGAAGCUUUCAGUCGGUUUGCCUAUGUUGAGAUGCAGCUUGUGGAUUACGAGCUUGGACUAGAUCGUCUUCUCGAGAAAGACGAAUCCGCAUUAUGGGACCGUCUUCGUUCACAACUCCAGAUCCUGCCUCGGGAGUACGAAUAUGCUGUUACGCAUCUACUUCUAGCCGGUGAGAGCGUAACACAUCCUCGCUUCCUGGCUACUUUGAGGGAUUCUAUGUCUGAACUCUCGCUUGGCCAUGUCAAUAUCAAACUCGCAAUCGAUCCAACUUUCGCUGCGGCUCGUGGUGCGGCACUAUACUCCCGGAGGCGCCAAGAGGUGCAGAGCGACUGCACAGAACGGAGUGAAUGCGAAGAAAGGAGGAUGCAUGAGCGAUUGUACACUUCCACACAAGAUGAUCUGCGCUCCAUACGGGAGGAUCUGCGCUGA